AUGUCGCGAUCAAUAAAUUGCUCUGGCCUCAAAAAUUUCGAAGCUGUUAUGGUUCUUGUAAAUGCCAAUCAAAUUGAAAGGAUAUCAAUUACACCUGCUGAUGAAGAAGUCAUUAAAUUUGUCAAUGAUUCAAUAUUCGUUUUAUGCAAUAUUCCGGGAGAGAAAACAGUAAAUUGGAGAUCACCAAAAGGGGAAAAUGUUAAAAAUGCAAGGGGACGUGUACAUAUUGAAUCAAAACCGCCAGCUCAAUUGGCUUUAGUAUUCGAACAUAUCAGUUUAUCUGAUAAGGGUAAUUGGACAUGUGCUGUUGAAGAUGGUGUUGGUACAGCAGGAUUCAAUUUAGUUGUUAAUCAGCGAAUAACUUUUUUGGAUACAAAUACAUUGCAAACAGUACGUGAAGGUAAUGAAGUUAAUUUACGUUGUGAAGUUAAAGGAGAUCCUGAACCAACAGUAACAUGGUCAUUCAAUGGGAAAAAUAUCGAUUUAACUAAUGAUGCGCCACAUAGAAAAUAUCGGAAAUUAGGUGAUGGUCUACUAAUAAAAAAAGUAACACAAAAUGAUACUGGAGAAUAUACGUGCCGUGCAUAUCAAAUUUCGGACACAAUUAGUGAUACACAGGAUCAUACAAUUUUAUUGAAAAUUGAACAUAAACCAAUGUGGUUAAGUCAUAAGGAUAUAAAUGAUAUACGUUAUGCAUAUAUAACUGGUGAAGUUAAUUUAACAUGUGAAGCAACUGCUGAACCACCAGCAAAUUUUACAUGGUAUCGUCAGGGUAAAAAAGUUGAUAAAAAAUUACAUAAAAUAUUUAAUGAACCACAUAGAUCUGUAUUAAAUAUUGCUGUUAAAGAUUCAUCACAUUUGGGUGAAUAUAAAUGUAUUGCAAAGAAUCCAUUAGGUGAAAUCGAACGUGUUGUUAAAUUACAUGAAGGUACAAAACCAAAUCCACCGUCCACAUUUCAAUUAAGAGGCUUAAACUCAAAUACAUUUGAUGUUGAUGUCGGUUCCGUCCGUACCUCUAAAGUACGUCAUUUAAUGGAUGUUAGUGGUUAUCGUAUCGAAUAUAUAACAGAAUAUGAUUUUAAAUUAAAUGGUGCAAAUUGGAGUUAUGCAAAACGUAGAGAUUUUCCAUUUGAAGAUGAGAAUCUAUAUGAUGGAAAUGAAGUGGAAUGCAUAAAUGGAACUUCAACAUAUCGUCAGCGUUUCGAUGAAAAUGGUGUUACAUUCCUUAUUAAUAAUUUGGAACCGAAUACAACAUAUUUAAUGAGAGCAGCUGCUAAAAAUUUAGCUGGUUUAAGUAGUUGGACAAAAGUUGAAAAAUUUACAACACAAUCAAAUGAACCACCAACAAAUUCAGCAUUGAAACGUAUACCAUUAAAUUUAAAUAGUUUAAUAAAAACAAUUUUGAUAAUCAGUAUAAUAGCAGUCAUUUUUAGUCAAUUUAAUUCAAUCAAUUUUUUACGAUCGAAUAAUUUGAUUAGAUUCAUUCAAUUGAAUAAAAAUAAUAAAAUUCCAAUAGUAAUAUCAAUAGAUUCUGAUGCAGUUCAUCUAAAUGAUGAAUUUUAUACAACAAAUGAUAAUGAUAUUGAUUAUAAUGAUAUUGAUAAUAAUGAUAUUGAUUCAAAUAGAAAUGAUAAUAUAAAAUAUUUAGAAAAUCAUUUCAAUAUUAUUAAAUAUAUGGAAAAUUUAUUUAAAGCAACAGUAACAUCUAUUUUAUGCUUUGUUAAAUCAUCAAAAUUAUCAAAAUCAUCAUUAAAUUUAUUAUCAAAAUCAAAUUCAUCAUUAUCACCAUUACAAUCAUUAUCUAAAUCAACGGUAUUAGAAAAAAACCAAAAAGAAAUAUUAACAUCAAUAUCAUCAUCACCAUCAUCAUCAACAUCAUCAUCAUCAUCAUUAACAUUAAAAUCAUUUCAAAUAACAUCAGAAUUAUCAUCAUCAAUAAUAUCAACAUCAAUGGUAUUACCAUUAUUAUCGAUUAUACCAAAUUUAGAAAAAACAUCAAAUAAAAUUCAAAAUACACUACAAUUUAAUUCAGCAUCAACAGAAUUCGCUUUAGGUAUAGAAGAAAAAUAUAAAGCAUUUAAAAUAGAAUCCUUGAAUACUUUGUGAGAAAUAUUAUAUUAAAGGAUAUUUGGAAAAAAUAUAUAAAUAAUAACCAAAAAAAUAAAAUAAAAUCAAACUACAAAAAUACAUAAAAUUUUACACGAUAUUUUGUAUAAGUAUGUAUGUAAAUUUAUGUAUGUAUAAAUGUUAAUAAUAACCGUACAGAUUCAUAUACUUUUUAAUGGUUUCUUUAUUGAAAAGAGAGAAAGAGAAAGAUUUCAAUACUGAUUCAAAUUUUUUUUUUUCUCUUCUGUAUUAUUACCAUAGUUAGUUAGAAGGAUUUAUAAAUUUUAAAAAUAAUUUUCUAGGUUUCUAAAAUUUUUUUCCUUAUUUAUUUUAAUUUAUGUAUUUCAUUGGGCUCUUAUUCAUUUUUGUAGAAAUUUAUAGAAAAAAAAAAAAUUAAAAAACAAAACGAAUUUCAUCAAAGUCAAACUUCUGAGAAUUUUUUUUGUUUUCACAAAAAUAUUCUUUAAUCUUAUAUGUUAAAAGGAUUUGCGUCUCUAAUCCUUAAAAUAUCUCAAAAUAGAUUUCAUUUUUUUAAAAAUUACGUGAUAUUUAUGAUAUUUUAAGAUAUUUAAAAAACUCUUUACAAUAUAAAGUAGUUGUUAAAAAGCAAAUUCAUAGCAAUUAAUUCUAUAGGCCUUGCAGAAUACAAUGGAAAUUAAUUAGUUAUUUCUUGAAAUUAAAGGUAUAAUAAAUAUUUUGUAAAUAUUUUACAUUAUGACGAUAUAUUAAAAAUGCGUACUGACACAAAAUAAAAAUGCUUCAAAAUUAGAAAAAUUUAUGAUGGGCCUACCACACAACCGACAGCAACAUGAUAUUUGUUGAAACAGGCAUAAAAUUGAAGCUUAUUCAAAAUGCAUAAAAAGUUUGGAACGAGUACAAUAAAAAUCCACGACCAGAAAACAAAAUUGGAAAAAAAAUAAUCAAUUGUUGUCCCAGAUAUGGUCGAAAAUAUAGUAUUAACACUUAGUAAAGAGUUGGAUUCUAGAAUUUGAUUUUCUUAAAAAAUUUUAUUGGAAUAUGAAAUAUAAAAUUUCAAGAAAAUAAGCUAAAAAUAGUUAAUUUGCAGUUCUGUUUUUAUUAGAAAUUGAAAUUGUUACGAUUAUUGCAACAAUAAUGGCAUUUAUUACAUUGCAAUGAGGCCAGUAAAAAAGUUAAUAACAAAAAUUAUUUUAUAUAAUACUAAAAUACCUCUUGAAAAGUUCUAGAUCAUAAUUAUUAUGAUUUUUUAACUUGAAUCUUAACAAAUUUGAGAAAUAAUUAUCAAUUAAUUUAUGAAAAUCAUUCCAGAAAAAUUUCGGUUCUUUUUUUCACAAAAAAUUUUUUAAAUCAUUGCACAUGCGAAAAUUUUUCAAAUUCUUGCACAUUUGAAAAAUGCUAAAACAAAUUUACAGGAGUUUGCCAUCUGUUGUAGAACAUUAGAAAUACUUUUGCAAAACAAAAUGUCAUUGUGGAAUUGAAUCUUAGAAUAUCUUUUUAAUUUUACAGUUGUUUCUUGUAAUUUUAUGGUUCAUUUUCAAAUGGAGACAACUAUUUUUUUCUUAUCCAACAUUUGAUGUCGUAAUUUCAUGGUAAAUCAAAAAUCUUACUUACACUUAUGAAUUAUGAAACUCGUUUGUGUUUUAUAACUGUAUGCCAUUUUAUUAAAUAAAUUUUAAAUUUUGAAAACCAACAUAUUUUAAAUUUGUUAUUAUUACUUUUAUUUAUUGAAUUAUUUUUAUUUCAACAGAUUAUUAUGAUUUACAUAUGCUAUGAAACAAUAUGAAUACAUAUAAUAACGAUUGUAUUUGGGUAGGUGUUUUCAUAUACAUUUAAUUGAGUCGAACAAUAUUAAUGUGCAUACUAUAUUCAACUAACAUUGAUAUGUAUAAAUGUUUGGAAAUGCAUGCUAAAAUAUCUAUAUGUUAUAACAUGGUGUUAAAGAAAUUCAAAGAUAUAAAAAAGGUAAAAAUAUCAAAAAUAACUUGUAUGUGCGAAGUAUCCGUAAACGUAUGCAAUAUUUAGUAGAUUAAAAUAUUAAAAUAAAUUUCUCUAAUCAGAUGAGGUAAAAUUUAAUAGUUUUAUAUAUAUAUAUGUAUUGUUUUUAAGAUUAUCUAGAAAUAAAUUCCAAUUAUUAUAGCAAUUGAGUUUUCCAAUUGUUCUCCUUAUUAUUUUUUUUAUCGUGUUCGUAUAAAAUUUUGUAAUGCCUUCAUUUAAAAGAACAAUAUGAAAUAUUUAAUUAAAAUUCUAUAUUAAAUUUAUACCUUAUUAGAUAUUAUGGUAAUUUUUAUGGAACAAUAGUACUUAAGUUUUGUACAAGAGUUGCAUGGUACGACUUUAAUGUCAAACCUGUUUUUAGUUUAAUCUGGACUUGAUUUUAAAAAUUAAAUAUUUCAUAUGCAGUAAAAUGAGCCGCUUUUGAUUUCAAUAUUCGGAAUCCAUUCAAAUAUAAUGAUAUUAGUAAAAUACUUUAUAACCAUUUUCCACAACUCUUUCUAGAGAAGUCUCAAGUUACUAAUUUUCUUACCAUCCUCUGGAUAAAUUUUCUCUAUUUAAAAUCAUCGUCUGUGGUACUAAAAGUCCUACUGAAUAAUAUGCGAGCAAAAAAAAAGAUUUAUUAAGGAUUUUAAUUAUUUUUCGGUUUAUUAUUUUCUUACAAUGCCAUUUUUAUACAAUCACUCAAUUAUUAUUUUCCAUUUUAAUAGCUAGCGUAACGGUUACAACUAUUGACACUCUGAAAAUUCGGCACAAUUAUUGACACCCUAAUUGCUUUUCGAGUAUUUAUAAUAAUUAUUAAUUAGAAAAAUUAAUUACAAAUUCCAAUUAUUUCACAUUUUUUUAAUUCAUCAAAAGUUCUGAUCUAUUUUAUUCACUUUCACUGAUAUUGUAGUAUACUUCUGGGGGCAUUGUUUACAACCAUCUCGAAAAUCUCUAUUUCUAUAGUAUACUUUUGGGGUGGCAAUGUAAAAAGUAUGUAAUAAUAUAAUUAUUGUUUCAUAAAUACUACUAUUUGAGUAUAAGAAUUAAAUAAUAUAACAUGAAAAUAUUUAUACAUACAUAAAUACGUAGUAUAAAGAAUAUGUGUUACAAGAAUAAAAAAAAUAUAAUUAUAGAGAAUUCAUAAUAAUUUGUAAAAGUAUUGUAAGCGAAAAUUAUAAUUAAAAUAAUAUAUGAAUUAAAAAAAAAAAGAAAAAAUUGCAAAAAAAAAAAUAUAGAAAAAAACUUUUCGUGCUUUUUGUUCGGCCUUUUUAAAUUUAAAUUUAAUUAUAAAUAAAAUCAAAAUAAAAAUGAAAAUAAGUAAAAAAAAGAAUAAAUAUGUUAAAUUUUAUUAUGACUAUAUAUAUAUAUAUAAAUUCUAUGUAUAUUAAAAUUUUAAUGGUAACAAAUAAAUAAAAAAAUAAAGAAAAAGCUAAAAAAAAUUUAAAAAAAAUUGUUUAAUUAUUAAUUAAUUAAUUUUUUUUUCCUUUUCUGUGAAAAACCAAAAAAAAAUUACGAAAAAAGAUUCGCUUAAAUUUAAAAUUGAAUUUUGUAAAAUAUAAAUUUGUUAAAAUCAUAAAACAAUUAAUUGGAAUACCUGUAUUUUCUUGUGGCAAAAGAAAAAAAGAAAACCAAAUUUAUGGUUUUGUUAACAAAAAUUUGUAAAUUUUAUGCAAAUGUGUUCAUCAUAUUGUUAAAUUUUAAUUAAUUAAUAAAAUUAAUUUGAUUUAUUAUAAUUACAAGAUUAGAUUAGCAUCAGAAUUUUAAAAUAUUUUUUAAAAUUAAAGGCAUGGUACACGUUGAACGGAAUAUUGGAAUGAGUCAUGAAAAACUAAAUUAUAAAAUUUAUUAUAAAAG